CUGCGCUCCCAGAAGCCCUCGGGCGGCUCCGGAACGCACUUCCUGAGGAGCUGAGGAGGAGGCUGCCAGACGCUGCUCGGUGUGGGCGACUGAACUGCCCUGCGUGUGAGAAGCAGGUCCAGAUCAUCACCACACUGUAUGUUCAGAUCUGUUUGUGUUUCUUCUAAGUUUAUUAAAGCUGUUUUAAAACUAUCAGACACCUCAAAGGUCUGACUGACAGUACUGCACAAGCUUGCCUGCCAUGGGCUGUCGGGAUGUCCAUGCAGCCACAGUCCUUUCCUUCCUGUGUGGAAUCGCCUCCGUAGCAGGCCUCUUUGCGGGGACUCUGCUUCCCAACUGGAGAAAAUUACGAUUGAUCACCUUCAACAGAAAUGAGAAGAACCUCACUGUUUACACAGGCCUUUGGGUAAAAUGUGCUCGGUACGACGGGAGCAGUGACUGCCUGAUGUACGACACUACUUGGUACUCAUCUGUUGACCAGCUAGACUUGCGUGUCCUCCAGUUUGCCCUCCCCCUCAGCAUCCUGAUUGCAAUGGGUGCCUUGCUGCUUUGCCUGAUUGGAAUGUGCAACACUGCCUUCAGGUCCUCAGUGCCCAACAUCAAACUGGCCAAGUGUCUGGUCAAUAGUGCAGGUUGCCACCUGGUGGCUGGUCUUCUGUUUUUCCUGGCGGGUACUGUGAGCCUCUCCCCAUCUAUCUGGGUCUUCUUUUAUAAUGUCCACCUGAACAAGAAGUUCGAGCCAGUCUUUGCAUUUGACUACGCAGUGUAUGUCACUAUUGCCAGUGCUGGGGGCCUGUUUAUGACUUCUCUUUUACUGUUUAUUUGGUAUUGUGCAUGCAAAUCUUUGCCUUCUCCUUUCUGGCAACCAUUGUACUCCCAUCCUCCCAGUAUGCAUACUUACUCACAGCCCUAUUCAGCACGAUCCCGCCUCUCUGCCCUUGAAAUUGACAUUCCAGUAGUUUCACAUACCACCUAGUGGGGAAAUAGUUGUUAGAGAAAAAUUCUCAUAGCCUCACAUUCCUCUCGUGCAUGGAGCUCUUUUGGCCCUAAGUGCAUUUUCCUUUGUUUCUGACCAGUCAGUGAAGCCAAAUUUUUAUGUCCUGUAGAAUGAAGUGCUGCUAGUUUUUUUGAGAAGUAUGUUAUUUUAAAUGUGAAUCAUGCCUCUUAUCUUGCUUUUACUGGAAGGAUUUUUGGCUUCUGUAUUGAUAUGUGAUGAAUUCUUUAAGUAGAAAGGACCUGUGUCUCAACUGAGAUGAUUUGGAGCAACGUGUUAAAAAAGGAUAGCUAAGAGAAACUGUUGUAUACAAUCUUUUAAAAUAUUUUAGAGUGUGUAUUAUUCUUUUUCUAUAAUAUAAUACCUUAAACUGGAAAAAUGUCCAUUUCAAAUAUAAGAAACUUCUUUCAGAUAAGGGUAAAAUUUUAACAGUAGUCAAUAAUGUACCAGCUUAACACUGUAACUUUUCUUCUCACUUGGGGCUAAUUGUAUGGAUAGAUGUCAGUAUGUUGAAGGUUACUUUCUUGUGUGAGUUCCUUCUACCUCAUGCAGAUGUUUAAAAAUAAAAUACAUUUUAAAUGAUGUCACAAGACUAACAUUCUAAAUAUCUACUACAAUGGAUAACAUGUAAAUUAACUUUAAAAGUUAAUAAUUCUAUGAAUUGUAUUAUUGGAAUUAAAAUGUGCCAUAUGACAGGUUAGUGUUUCCUCUGAGACAGAAGUAAUUUCCCAGGUAUAAUUCAAUAAGCAGUAAGUACUUAACGCACAUAUAUAAUCUCUUAGUGACUAAGAGAAGUAAAUAAAAGGGCCAUAAUGGUUUGUUCUCUUUCAGACAUAAGUGUAGGGACAAGAGUCCCCUCUACUUAUGACAGCUUCAGAGAUUCACUUUGUUGACUGCCUUUUGAAUGAUGGGUACAGUAAGGUAUGGUUUUACCGUGACCCUUGAUUUAGUUCCUCUCCUAUCACUGGUUAUUCCCUUGAGCAUAUAUCUCUGCCCAACACUUUAGUAGGUGCUACAGAGGAUACAUGAAAAGUAUCAGAUCUGGCUCCAUCCGCCAAGACAUUUUGAUAGAGAAGACCUGUUUCUUGAUAAUAGGGAACAGUCUGACUGCAUUGGCCUUAACUUCUCAAUCAUUAAUCCAGGAAUAUAUUUAACCAGCGACAUGACUUCCUGGCAGACAGAAAAAUUGUACACCACCAAUAUCUUGGACGUAGAAAUUCAGUUACUUCAAUCCAUUGGAUCGUGAGGGCACCUAUGUUAACAUAAAGGCUGUAAUAACACCGUUUAUCUGAUUCAUGAGAAUGGGCAAAAUGGAAGAGAGAUCAAAUUGUUUCCUUUCCACCUUUAAAAGCGUGAUGAUGUAUUAGAGAGGAGUUUUUAAAAUCUCUCUUCAGAUGAGGUAACAAUUGGAUAAAACCAUGUUAAAAGUGAGAUGAACACUUAGAAAUUCAGGGAUAUUGGUCUUAAGCCUUAUGAAUUGAGCCACUUAUUAAAUUGGUAUAAUUUGCUUAGCACUAUAUUCAUAAGGAUUUUGUUUUAUUAACCAUUAUAGAUUUUACAAAU